GCAGCGGAUGCCAGCAGAAAGCGUCUCCAGAAAAAACCCAAAACAUAUGUCUCCCUUCAAAAGAAAAAUCUGCUUUUUCACAGCUACAAAGGAUUGAAAACAAAUUUUGUCAUCAAAUGUGGAGCUGUGCCAAAUCACAGGCAGCCAGAAGAAAGCUUUGGCACGGAAAGAGCUUUGAUGGUGAGAGGAAGAAAGAUGAAACAGCUUUGAGUGAGAGAAAGAGCAAUGAGAUUGCUCCAGCCCAAAGAGAGAAAAGCUCUGCCGUUCUCUCCCGUGCUCACUCACAGACCUGCUUGCCUGGUAGCCCUGCUGUGACCUCUGGUCCAUCCAGAAUGUCCCCUCUGUCCCCCAGGGCAGCCUCAGGACGCUGCAGGAAUUGGGCAGCGCGUGGAAAAGGCUCAGCUGGGACAUGGGCACCUGCAAAGAGCCUGGACAGCCCAAGAAGGGACAAUUCCAGGGAGCUGGGAGGUUCAAGAGGAUUCCCAGCACAGAAGGAGGAAUCUCCCUGCUGCCUGCACGGCCCACCUUGCUGCCCUGCAGGGAGCAGCCCCUGCUCUGUCCCAUGUGGCAGCAGCACUCCUGUGCCCAUGGCUCUCCUGCUUCCCACAUCCCUCCUGGCAGCGGCCAGCAAGGCCAGAGAUCAGAGGCUGGAAGGGCUGUGGGGGAAAUCACCCCAAAAUAAGUUAGAGCAACUCAAGAAGAGGAUCCGGGAGCAGAAGAGAAAGCAGCAAGCAGCACCCUGGGAGGAGGAGCACCUGAUUUUUGCUAAAGACCCCCUGCCAAAGAGAGCCCUGAAAAGAAAGGUUUGCAGAGUGGCCUCUGCUCCUCCUGCUCCAGCUCACAGAGACCAAAGAGAGAGAAGCUCAGCAUGGAGAAUUCAAAGAGAACACCAGAGGCAGCUUUCAGCCAGGUCCUGUGUUCUGGAGAGAGCAGUGGCAGGGAAAGGUGUGAAUCUACCUGGAGUUACAGCAUGGAGAGAAGGUCAGAAGUUGGCCAGAAGGCUGCUGGGUCCAGCCCCUCCCCUUCCACAUCUGAGGAGCAGAACUGGAGGGCAGAGCACAGCAAAGACCUUUGAACCUUUGGAAGGAGGUGGAGGAUUUGGGGCAAUGCCAGUGAUGGAAAACAGCUCCAGAGUAGAGGGAAAUGAAGCUGUGGGGAGGAGCCCUGGGGCCCAAAGUGCUGUGGUGGCUCCCAGCAAGGCUGGAAAGGGCAGCAAUGCCCCCACAGAGGGCACAAACCAAGCCCUCAGGAACCUGCCCUUGCAAGGGCAGUCCUGUGAGGAGCACAGACACAUCAGAGUUCCCAGAGAGGCUGUGAAACACCAACCCCAAGGGAUCCAUUCUCCUCCCCCUGGACUUUCAUUAAGGAAAGAUGGAGCCAAGCCCAGCGCCUCAGGAAGCUGCAGCAGAGGAAACAGUGCAUCUCCUCAGAGACAGAAAGAGUCUGAGAAAGAAAACCUUGACCAACCUUCAAAGACGAGGGCAAACCUUAAAAAACCUCACCCUUACAGCCCUGAAAGCGUUCGGGAAUUUAUGUAUCAGAAAAAGGCAGAGAGAAAGAGAAAACUCCUCAAAGAGAAAAAGGCUCGGGCACAGGCUGAGGAGAUGAAAAAGAAGAGGUUGCAAGAAUUGUACAGGAGACAAAAAGAAGCUAUUGGGAGGAAAUCGUGUCCUGAUGAGAUGCACAAACCCCUUGGGAAAAUGGGUUCUGCCAAAGGAAAUCCUCAGAGUGAACUGGAGCAAAGGCAAAGCAGUGGGGGAGAACUGGAAAGGAGUUUCAUGGCCUGGGUGGAUGAAACAUCCUCUCCUCUGUUGCCAGAAGAUCACAGAGGCAGGAAUCAACUCCUAGAAACAGCUCAAUCACCUAAAAAAGGAGAAGUAUCAGGUCCUGCAGCACCACUGGAAUCUGAAUGCUGGUUUCUCAGUCCUCUGAAAUGUGAAGACUUGAGGGACUGCUCUCCCCCAGCUCUGCAUUCACCUCAUCUGAGCUUUUCUGUUCCUCAGAAAGAUGCAAAACCUUCCUCCAAAGACUCAUCUUUUGGGCUUUCUCCACAGAGAAGCAAGCAGGAUCAAGUGAGGGCCAUUCACAGUCUGUCCAGGGAACUUGCAGAAAAGAUUGACGUGGCAAGGAAGAGGCUGAGUGCAGCCAGCUGGGCUAAAGCCUCUGCUGACAAACAACGGGCAGAGAGAGCUCUGGGCCUGCACAGUGAUCCUCCCUCUGCCCCAGAACCUGAGGCUUCCAGGGACAGGCAAGAGAGGACAAUGACUGCAGCAAUGCCUCUGGACAGAGAUCCUGAAGUGCUUUGUGUGACAUCCCACAGGGAAUGCCAUGGGCUGGGCAGGACUGGCCUGCUGGGCACACAGGGGGAAAUGCCAGCUCCUCUGCCUGGUGGGAAUGCUGAGAGGGAGGAAUUGCCCUGGAUCGCUCCCAGUGCAGGACGGAGUCACCUCAGCUCUGCAGGAGAGCUGAGCAACACCUUGCAAGGUUUCCCUGUGAAUAAGGGCUCCAAGGUGGACAUAAGUCUAUGGCAUGAAAAGCCAAUAACCAGCCCAACCUCUCCAGCUCACAGAUUCCUCACUAGAAGCCCGCAGGGAGAGCUCACGGCACGGAGGGAUCAGUGUGGAUGUGAGACUGUUUUGAAAGUUCAGAACCAAGAGGAAAUGGCCAGCCCAUCUCCUGGAGAGAGCCUGAGCAUCUGGGACAGCCUGAGCUUCCGGCCCUCUGCCACUCUGAGCACUGAGCAGCACUUGGGUGAGGGAGAUUUUGGUGACAUAGAGGUGGAGGACAAACACAGGAGACACCUGGACAUUUUGAGUCAAACCUCCUUACUACUGGCUCACAAACUGAAGCUCCAGCAGCAGCAGCGCAAACAUCGGCUUCUGGUGCUGAGGGAGAAGGCAAAGCAAGAGGUUGAGGAAAGCCACAGGUUUCUGAGGGGCCUGCUGCAGCUCAGUUCUGAGGCCAGCAGGAAUUCCAAAGGCAGUGAUCCUCCUGUGACAAGACCUGACCACGCAGAGCAGACACAGAGGGCACACUGGCUGGAAGGUGGCCUUACUGCUGGCAGCUACAGGAGGUAGGAUACAGUGAGGCACUCCAAGGAUUUGGUCUGUGGUUUGAUUAUAUUAAUAUUUUGGGGCACUAAAGUAAUUGCUAUAUAGUGUUUUAAACUCUGAUUUAUGCCCAAACUACAGUAUUAGCAGCUUUCCAAUGUUGUGGGAGAUCUUGCUCUUUUAAAAAAGUAGAAACCCCUCUGAAACUUGUGUGAAAAGUAUAAUUUUCUUCAUUUUGCUGUACUAUCAUACUGUUGAUAUAAAUUAGAAUAUUGUAUGUGCAUUUUUAAAG